AUGGAAAAUCCGCUGAUACUCCUGAGCGAGAAGGACUUUGGGGUAGGCACCGAUGGAGAAUACAUGGUGCCAGAGGCAGAACCGGAUGCCGAUGAAGAUAUCAACAUGCAGACCUCCAAUGUGUCUCCCGCAGAGGGGGAAUGGCCGGCCGGUGAGACCAAGCGCCAACUCUUACUUGCAUGGCGCGCUGCAAUAAGUUUGCCAGGUCCUGAAUCACCCAAGGUGGAGCUAACCAAUGCGAGCAAAAAGCCCCGAGUCAGCCGGCGGAGAUGGAAAAAUAAGCAUUUCGAUUCGCCUCUCAGUUCACCUCUGACUUCGCCUAUUUCCCUUUGUUUUGAUGAGUAUUUCGACAAAGUGGGCAGCAGCAAACCUGUACCGUACUUGGCCACGCUGCCCUCACUUCCUCCUCCCUCGAAACGAAUCUGCCUUAGCCGACUGCGUUUGCUAGCGUGGGAUCCUCCGACAAAAGACCACCCCCAGGGGCAAGUAUUCUUUCGGGAACGGCUCACACAGAAACAGCCCCGAGUGAACGUGGGUCUCAGGCAACCCUAUCGGUCUCCAUUCGAAGAUCCUGGUAUCAUUAAUGCCAGUCCCGGUCCCCAGGUUGCCAUAUCUCGGGCAGCUCGCGGGAAGUCGGGAUGGUCGCUGUCAUUUGGAAAUUACCUCCGAGCCAUGGUCUCGGGGUCUUCUUUCGAGGAUGCCGACGGUGCAUAUGUUGAGGGCAACAUCAUCAUUUAUUAUGCACGCCUUUGGAAGGCGUUAGCUGUUUGGUUAGCGGGAGUACACCAAGCCGUGCUAGCGAACCCCAUAGAGUAUGUCAUGGUUGCCGUCAGGAUGGUCCUCAUGUGUGUGAUGAUGUGGCUAGCUAAUAAUUUGCGUGCGUAUGACGAGUGGAAGCUAGCCAACAAUGAACCGAGGACGCUUGACACGAUACUCGAGACGAUGAAUUGGAUAAUUACGAAGAUAGGGCUAGUGGAUACGGCUCGGUUCGGCGUUCAGGAGUGGCUGAAGGAGCGGACGUGGACAGGGUGA